AUGGAAUAUCAAAUGCAAGAUUUCGACGUCGACCAGGAGACCGACCUUCUGCUAAGUACGGGAUCUGUAAACUACCAUGGAGACAUGGAUGAUGAGUAUGUCGUGCGCAGAAACAGAAGACGCAAUUUUACCUCAGCUAUGUGCAGUUGUUGGUGCAUGUUCUGGAGAAGAUGCUGUGGGCCCAGGGAGCUCACCUCUCGCACCAUACAUUUAGGGAAACCCAGUCCUGGCCAGUUUCCCGCAAAUGCUAUCCGAAACCAGAAGUACAACAUUUUUACAUUUUUGCCCUUGGUGCUGUACCAACAGUUUAAAUUCUUCCUCAAUUUGUAUUUUCUUAUAAUGGCGACCAGUCAAUUUGUUCCUGAUAUCCGAAUUGGUUAUCUAUAUACUUAUUGGGGACCACUGUGUUUUGUAUUAACAGUGACGAUAUGCCGCGAGGCUGUUGAUGAUUUGAGGAGACACAAAAGGGACCAAGAAGUGAAUAGUCAAAAGUGCAAAAGGUUGAUAGAUAGUUUAGAAAAGCCAUAUGAAAUGGUCGCUGCAUCGAAGCUGAAAGUUGGUGACUUAAUAAUUGUGGAUAAAGAUGAACGUGUACCAGCGGAUUUAGUUCUUUUACGCACUUCGGAGAAAUCCGGAUCGGUGUUUAUUCGCACAGAUCAACUCGAUGGAGAAACUGAUUGGAAGCUUCGUUUGGCCAUUCCGGCCACCCAAAAAUUACUUGCAGAUCACCAGUUGUUCAACACCAAUGCUAGUAUCUUUGUAGAGAAACCACAGAAGGAUAUCCACUCAUUUAUUGGCACUUUUACUAGACAUGACUCUACUGGUGGAAACGAGAGCUUGGAUCUUGAAAAUACACUGUGGACUAAUUGCGUCAUUGCAUCAGGACAGGCGCUUGGUGUUGUCAUAUACACAGGUCCAGAAACUCGUUCUGUGAUGAAUAACUCUGCACCACGUUCUAAAGUUGGACUCUUAGACAUGGAAUUGAAUACACUUACUAAACUUCUGUUCGCUGCAGUAGUUGGUUUGGCUUUGCUAAUGAUGGCUCUGAAAGGAUUCAGCGGACCUUGGUACAGAUACCUAUUCAGAUUUAUUCUGCUUUUUUCAUACAUAAUUCCUAUUAGUUUGAGGGUGAAUUUGGAUAUGGGCAAGUCGUUUUACUCGUGGUCUAUAGGCCGUGACCCUGCAAUGAAAGGGACGGCCGUGAGGUGCACAACGAUUCCUGAAGAGCUUGGACGAAUCUCGUAUCUUUUAACCGAUAAAACUGGCACUCUAACGCAAAAUUCCAUGGUAUUAAAGCGACUGCAUCUGGGAACAGUCAGUUAUACUCCGGAAAGCUUUGUGGAUGUUACCAACGUGUUGACAAACGCGUACAGCAAUCCCGAAACCUCAUCUUUAUCUAACGGAAAAUUCAGAAGAUCUGAAAACACUCGCAUUAAGGAUGCUGUCGUCGCAUUGGCCCUGUGUCACAACGUCACUCCGGUUUACGAGAAUACCGAAGGAAGCGAUGAUGGAUCUGUUACUUCGGAUGCUGAAGCGGAUCAACACGUUGCUAAUCAAAGUGUCAAUUAUCAGGCAUCCAGUCCUGACGAAGUUGCACUUGUUCAAUGGACACAGGAUGUUGGGUUGGCUUUGAAUCUGAGGGACCUGAGUUCGAUGCAGUUGAGGGGGCCCAGUGGUCGUCUUCUGAAUUAUAGCAUUCUUCAAGUGUUUCCAUUUACUAGCGAAACUAAGAGGAUGGGGAUUAUUGUUAAAGAUCUUCAAACGGGAGAAAUUUGUUUCUAUUUGAAAGGCGCGGAUGUUGUGAUGUCAGCAAUCGUACAGUAUACGGACUGGUUGGACGAAGAAGUAGGAAAUAUGGCGAGGGAAGGUUUGAGGACUUUGGUUGUGGCAAGAAAGAUACUGACUGAAGAUCAAUAUUUAGAUUUUGAGACUCGUUACAAUGCGGCUCGUAUGGCUGUAACAGAUCGCGUAUCCCGAGUUACUCAGGUAAUCGAGUCUUUGGAGCGCGAAAUGGAAUUGCUGUGUGUGACUGGAGUUGAAGAUAAAUUGCAGGAGAAUGUGAGGCCUACCUUGGAACUACUUCGAAAUGCCGGCAUUAAGAUAUGGAUGUUGACCGGUGAUAAAUUGGAAACCGCUUGUUGUAUAGCUAAAAGUUCCAGAUUGGUAUCAAGAAAUCAAGGUUUAUACGUUCUCAAGAAAGUCGUAACGCGCACAGAUGCCCAUUUGGAGUUGAACUCUUUUCGAAGAAGAGGUGACAGUGCUUUGGUUAUCAGCGGUGACAGUUUGGAGGUUUGCUUGCAAUAUUAUCAACCCGAAUUUAUGGAGUUGGCGUGUGCAGCACCAGCCGUAGUCUGUUGCCGUUGUUCUCCGACCCAAAAGGCACAAGUCGUGCAAUUGAUACAAAAACAUACUAAUAAAAGAACUGCUGCUAUUGGCGACGGUGGAAAUGAUGUUAGCAUGAUACAGCAAGCGGAUGCUGGCAUUGGUAUCGAAGGGCGCGAAGGAAAGCAAGCCAGUUUAGCAGGCGACUUUAGCAUCCCGCAGUUUUCUCAUCUUGCCAGGUUGCUGCUCGUGCACGGCAGACGAUCCUAUAAGAGAUCGGCAUCUCUGUCACAGUUCGUCGUGCAUCGGGGUCUCAUAAUCUCCACUAUGCAAGCGGUUUUCAGCAGUGUCUUCUACUUGUCAUCUGUGGCUCUAUACCAAGGUCUUCUCAUGGUUGGAUACGCCACUGUAUACACUAUGUUUCCGGUCUUCAGUUUGGUGUUGGAUCAAGAUGUAAGUGCUGAGAUAGCAUUAACGUAUCCUGAAUUGUACAAGGAACUAGCGAAAGGUCGAAGCCUAUCAUAUAAGACCUUUUUCAUGUGGGUCUUGAUUUCAAUUUAUCAAGGUGGGGUGAUCAUGUACGGAGCCUUGUUGCUUUUCGAGGACGAAUUUAUACACAUAGUGGCAAUAAGUUUCAGCUCUUUGAUCCUAACUGAACUAAUAAUGGUUGCAUUAAAUAUCCGCACUUGGCAUGUGCUUAUGAUUCUGGCCGAGUUAUUUUCGUUAGCAGUAUACGGAAUUUCACUAAUUCUAUUUCACGAAUAUUUCGAUUCUGAAUUUAUCAAAACAACCGACUUCUUCUGGAAGGUGUUGGUAAUUACUUUGAUAUCCUGUCUGCCUUUAUAUAUACUGAAGAUAUUGCGUAAGAAGUUCUCUCCACCUAGUUACAGCAAAUUGUCAUAAUUAGGCAGUUUUCGUUUUUCUGAAUGUAGAGUUCUUCGUGUUUUAAUAAUGUGAUGUGAUUGUUGCGAUUGUGUAUAUUUCUUUAUUUUUUUUUUAUUACGGUUACCUCUUGAUUCUGUAACCGAAGAUGCACCAGUUUCGUUUAUAAUGAAUUUAUUAUUAUUAUGAUGCAAUUAUCAGCUUAUUGGCGAGUUUCUAGUAAAGAUCGAAUACACCUGUAAUUAUUUUAUUUUAAUUUUUUGCUUUUGGGAAAAAAUAAGUAAA